CCCCCCCACUCCCCAACCUCACAUCCAUCUGGCUCUCCUCCCUCUCCUCAUCCCUCGAUCCUUUAUAACUCUUGAGCUCCAGACCUCCCCAGGGACCAUCCGAUGCACAUGGACUCGAGGCCGGCCAGAUGUGGACUAUUCUAGUCUAGCUUUGGUCUUUGGAGAUUUAGAAUCUAGAUCCAUCGUCGGGUAAAAGCGGACCUGGAGUCUCCAGCUGAAGGAAUCCUGGAGUAUGAGAGUGAACGGAGCUCUGCGGCUUUGCUUUUUGUUGUUGGGACUAUGUCAGGCCUGCCGUGCCCGUCCACCUGGUGGUCCCUACACAACACGGGAGGUAGGUGAGGUCCCCGUGUCCCAGCUGAGGAUGCUCUCGCUGGGACUGGCUCACCUGCUGCAGGGGUUGGUGGAGAACGUGGAGCAGCUGGAGCUGCGGGGGAAGCUGGUGGCAGCAGGGCUGGACGAGGCUGCCGAGAGUCUCGAGAGCCUUCGCAAGCAGAGUUUACAGGCGGGACGGACUCACAGGCAGGCGAGGAAGGAUUUGCAGAUACUGACUGCGAGGGGGGACGGGCUGUGGAGGGCAGCCACAGAUCUACAGGAGGAGCUGGUGGAUGGGGAGAGGGAGCGGAAAGCCAUGCAGCGCCGCACAAACAGGAUCAUCCAGAAAGUUAAGAGCCGGACCGAGCCGAGGUCCGUGAAGGACAUCAUGGACCAACAGGCCCGGAGGCUCGCCACUCUUACCUCAGAGGUCUCAGCCCGAGACAGAAUGAUUGACAGGCGCCUGCGGCACAUCAACCAACUGGAGAAACGAGGUCUGCAGUCCGUCCGCUCUGUCCUGCUGCGGCUUCUCCGGUUCCCUCCUUCCAUCUAUCGGGUCGCCAUGGUGCCAGGCGAGUGUUCUCCUCCACCCGAUGACCCAUGAUUAUUUCAAAAUACACCCUGGAUUCACAGGCAUUAUGAAUAACCAUGCAGCCAUAGUCUUUGUGAUAUAGGUUAUGUAGAGGCAGCAGUAAAGGCACCAAUAAAGUGGCGUUCUGUCUCUCUCUCUCUCUCUCUCUCUCUCCUCUCCAGCCACACCUUAAAUUCUCCAGACCUCGUCACUGCCGUGUUCCCUCUACCCACCAGACGUCAGAUGACAUCAGAUGACUUCCCCGCCCAUCUGUCCACCUGUUCCUACUUUCCUCAUGACAUCGGCCCCUUUCCACUUCCUCGUUGCCAGUUUGUCAAACUUGCUUUGUGCAUUUGGUUUCUCGUAUUUGCAAUCUCGUUUCCUGGAUCCUUUGCACCUUCUGCCUGAUGCUCUGACUGUGUUUUUCCUAACGCUCAUUGAUAAGUUUGCCUUUCAUAUGACCUCACACAUUUUUGCAAUUUCCCCAUCAAAUCAACCAACAGAUGCUUCCUGCUUCCGUUUGCGUUUGGGCCCUUUCCUCGUCACCAAUGUAAACAUACUCUGAAAAUACUCUAUAAGUAAAAAUACUAAUUGUACUAGGAGCUAGUACAUAUACAGUGAGAUAGUUCGCUCGCAUCUCCUGUAAUCUCUUUGUCUUAGCUCUAAUAAAGGAGAUGGAGCUAAAAUCCCACUUGCCAAUAUCAUUAACAUUGUAAACGGGUUUUUUCUAUGACAAAAUUCUCAGUCAAGGGAGCUUAGAUUUUCUCAUAAUUAUCCUAAAAUAAAUAAUUGACUUUCACUCUAUAAACACAAAAAAACAUUAAAUGUGUUAAUGGCACUCACAUUACUCUUGCUGAGUCGUACACAUAGUUAGCUCCUGUCUAACUCCAAGAUUCGUAUUCAACAUCUGACCAUAAAUAAACCAUAAAUAAAACUAUGCUUCUUGCAUAGAAAUAGAGGAUGUCUCUCCCUGAGUUUAGGGGAUGAUGUGUAAUGCUACGCUGCCCCCAUCAGAACGCUUGUGUAUCAAACCAAGUUAAGCUUCAUCACAAAUGACAAAUUCCAGACCGCUCGUUGUUCUUUGUGCCACACGGCUGGUUGGAUGCACCUCCUUCUAGUCAGGAAGAGUCAUCUGCUGUCAUUAACUUAUAAAGCUCUGCUUGGGAAGCUUCUAUUUUAAUCGGCCCUCAAACCAGGGUCCUGCACACCCCUCAGGGAAGAUCAAGCUUUAUUGGCUUCAUUUCAUUCUUGUACCUAUUUAAUUACUAUUCUAUUUGCAUUGAAAAAAAAAUACGGAUUUCAAUAAAACAACCUGAUUAAAUAGAAAUGUUUUUUAAACAUGUCUAAUAAUACAUGUUGCGUAAAGAGAG